AUGGCCGUUGAUACGAUUAAAAGGCGAAAGAAAACCAACAUAGCUUGCAUAAACUGCUCAAGGUCACAUGUGACCUGCGAGCGUACUAGGCCAUGUUCAAGAUGUAUUAAAAAAGGUUUGGUAAUGAGUUGCGUGGAUGCUCCUCGGAAGCGACGUAAAUAUCUAGCCGACGUUCCAGAAGACCAGCUGCCGGCAUCGCUGAAAGUGUAUGAGAAUGAAGGAGAUGUAGAAGAUUCUAUAGAUCUGGAGAAAUCGGCAUCUACUGGGACUUCGGUAUCACCUGUGGUGCUGCCAGAGGGAAUACAGUCACGGCAUCACGAACACCAGUUUCAAGACCAGGGAAGAAUAGUGCACAAGACAAAGUUUUUGUCUAAUGCAGCAGAUUUAGAGUAUUCAACAUUGUCAGACAUUAUUAACCAGGAUACACUAUUGGGAAAGGUCCCGGUAAGUGUGUUGUAUAAUGGAACAGAUUCCCCUACUCCAUCAUCUGACACCGUGUCCAGUACCCAAGGCGCAUGUCUUAACCAGCAACAGUCCCAGCAACAGGUCAGGUCUGCUUUAAGUGGUCCGCAGGGUUUCAGGAGUCCGUUUCAUAAUUUACUUGGACCCCACACCGAGGAGAUUCUGAAUUCUAAUGUUGAUUUGUAUACGGUGCACUACCCCCUUGUACCUGAGGAGCUAACAGACUGUUCUCGACAUUUCAGGCGCCGUCAAGCAUGUGCAGGUAUACAGCGGAAGAACAAGUGUGACAAGACUGUGAAUCAGCAUUUUCUUUCUACUGAAUAUACGCUACCUGAAAUAAAGGCAUCGCCAUAUUCACCAACAGGCAACGGUUACCUUAGUUUUUCACUUGAAAGCAGAAGCCCUGACGAGCAUCAGACACAUGCUCAUUCAGAAUGGCCGCAUUCUCUUAGGUACAGUACUCCGAUGGAAAUUUACACCCUAAUCACAGAACCAUUUUCAUAUACCUCAGGGUUCCAUUCGCUUCUGAAAUACCUACAUAGUCGGUUCAAGCGCCGGGAUCUUCUAGAUAUGUGCAGAUCGAUUGCAGAAUUCAGACCUAUUUUCAUCGCAUCCGCCAUUGAUUUGACAGAAGAGGACAUGAUUUUCAUGGAGCAGAGCUACCAGCGCACACUACUGGAGUAUGAUCGAUUUAUAUCACAAAUCGGCACGCCGACAUGCGUGUGGAGACGUAAUGGACAGAUAUCGUACCUUAAUGACGAGUUUACCCUUUUAACUGGAUGGACUCGUGAGGAGCUACUGAGCAAGAUGACGUUUGUCGUCGAACUCAUGGACGAUGAAAGCGUGCGCGAAUACUUCAAAACAUUCAGCGAAGUGGCAUACAAGGAAUUCAAGGGUUCCGAGAAGACAAUAUCAUGCAGGUUACUAUCUCCUAUCAAAAAUAAAACGACUGACUGCUGUUGUAUGUGGACAUGGAAAAGGGAUGUUUUCGGCAUGCCAAUGAUGAUCGUUGGACAUUUCCUUCCAAUUCUACCCCUUCCCGAUGACACCCAACGUAGUUCUACAUUCGAUGAAUAA